AUGGCAGCGGCUACGGACGAGCUGAUUUUACUCGAGCGGGUGUUUCUUCGCCUGGGCUCCGCCGAGACGGACGAGCAGUUACAGGCAUCGGUCUGCAAAUUUUUACCUCCUGUGCUGCUCAAGCUGUCCAGUGGACAGGAAGGUGUCAGAAAAAAGGUGAUGGAACUGUUGAUCCACAUAAACAAAAGAAUAAAGAGCAGGUCUCAGGUACAGCUGCCAGUUGAAGCUUUGCUCCUGCAGUAUCAGGAUCCAUCUGCUAGCUCAUUCGUAAUUAACUUUACCAUAAUAUAUAUAAAGCUAGGGUAUCCUCGAAUGGAAAUGAGCAAGCAAGCAGAACUGGUUCCGAGUGUACUGAACGCUAUUGAGGGGAAACCACUGUCUCAUCAAGACAGUUUAAUGCUGAUUAUAAUGCCGGCGUUAGGACAUAUCAACAUACCAUCAGAUCCUGAUAAACGGGCAUCUCUCUUAGGCUUGCAAGACAAGCCUUACGUCGCAAAGCAACUUAUAAAUUUCAUGCUCGACGUAUUAUUGUUGCCGUAUGGAUCUGUGGGACAAACGGAAAAUCAACAAUCUGGACAGACCAUUGAUUGGUCACAGUUCACUGUACCGCCAGGUUUGAGCGACUACGCGUUCAAAAGGGUGAUAGGCGAGAAUCCACCUACGGCCGAACAACUCGAGCAGAUAAAGUUGGGCAUUGUCAAGUUCCUCAUUGGUGGAUUUUUCCCUGAUACAGAUAUUCUGAUACACUUGAUCGUAGCGGCCGCGGAUACCAGAUUCAGCAUCGCUAACAUGGCGGAUUUAGAAUUGAAAAAGAUGGUCGGUACGUUGGACUGGUCCUCGAUGCAACUGGCAGCUCCACUCUACACUUUAUUCCUGGGAACUGACGCGUUAGCCACGCAAAAGGAGGUGAAACCCGAAAUGAAACGGCAACCUGCAAGCACACGAAUUCGUCUUAAGCUUUUGCAGUAUCUUUGUCGGGUGACUAAAGCGGGAUUCAUUAUACCGCCGUGUAUUCAAGUUAUUUUCGAUUCACUGUAUGGAAAAAAUACAAAUGCAAAGUUAAAGUCAUUAGCGCUGCAGUUUACGUCAAAUAUCGUCCAGCAUUGCAGUCUUGUUCCGUUAACCCGCGUUGCCGGAGUAAUCUUAAAUGGCAUGAUAAAAUUGAUCUCUGAAGGCGAUGACGUGCACAAGCCGAUGGCGUACACGGUCAUUGGACAACUUGGUCAAAGAAUACCAUCUCUGAUAAACAAAGAUUUGAGUUUGUUACACAGCUUAUUCGAUACGCUUGUCUCUACGGAUGGCGAACUACGACGCACAGUAAGGGACGCAUUGAUCUGCGUGACGUCUGCGUUCGUGCUGAGCAAAGAGGAUGAGAGCAAUAUAGCUCUAAUGAAUGCGCUACUGUCGGUACACAUUGAAUCGCCAGAAUCGAACGUAAGAUUUGUGGCAAUGCAUUAUGCCGCAACUGUGUUUCCACCCGAUGACGCUCCGUCUCGGUAUCUAUUGUUAUUAGCGUGCGGCGAUAACAAGCAUGAGAUAAGUACAGAAGCUAUGAAAGCGCUUUACGGUGUUGUUCACAAAAACGAGGACGAUCAACAAAUUAGUAACAAGAUCUUGUUGCCCGAGUUUGUGAAGUUAGUAACUUACAUUUAUUCGAGGAUGCAGUCAAGAAUGCCUGCUGCGAGUAGCGGCAGAAACAUGGAUAAGCAAGUACUUCCGUAUAGUACUGCCACGUUUUCCGAAAUUAUUUCUUAUUGCCGCAUUUGCCUCACUAGAAGUGCUAAUAUUCCCGCGCGAAAUGAGCCGCUGCAACAUCCCUGCGAGCAUACUCCUUUGAUUGGACGUUAUUUGGAAAAAUUAUACAAAGAUCAACCAGAAAUAUUAAAUAAUUAUCUUGAUAUGAUUUUACUCUUAAGUCAUUCUUCUGCAGAUCAAAUUUCCUUGAACGCAUUAUUGGAAGUACUUGGAUCCGUUCCGCAUUAUAUAAUAAAAUCAUAUGAGAAAGAAUUACCGUGGCUCUGUUCCUUGCUUGCUUCCGCUAAGCAAGAUAUACGACAACUAGCUGCGAAAGUAUAUGCCGCUAUUACCGGCUAUUUUCCAAAGAAUGAAUUCGAGAAAAAUGUUUCGAGCAUUAUGGAUAUUAUAAAUAGGAAAAAUUUGGAAGCACAGCAUGGCGCACUAAUGACUCUAACUUACAUGAUGGAGAGAAAUUUAAUGCAACAACGGAACGAAAAUAAAGAAGAUUUGUGUAAUUGGACAACUUAUAACGAUAUUGUAAAAGCAAUAUGUACAUAUCUUCGUGAUAACGCGAUAUUAUUAAUGGAUGCGGCUAUUCAAGCUGUCGGCAUCUUAGGUAGAACGUAUUCUCUACCAUUACCAGCAGAAGGCGAUAACGAAUUGAACAAGAAAGCAAUAGUAGAAACGCUCUUUUCCAUCUUGUCCAAUGCCAAAUUGAAUACUAAGAUGAAGGAGAAAGCUGCGCUUUCAUUGGGAUACUUGUGUGUCGGCGAGUGUUUUCCGCAUACCACGGACAUUGCGAACAAAAUUAUAGCAACGGUCAAAGAGACGAAAGAUAUUGAAAUUCAUUUAAUUCUGGGAGAAGCCUUGGUUUGCUGCGUUCAAGCGCAAGCUUCUUCGGAAGCGAGAGACGCUUGGACGACUUUACCCGUCGAACACAUUGUUCCAUAUAGUAAGGAGAGUGACGAAUUAUUGGUACACGUGUUGAAUGAAUUAUUUAAUAUAUACAAAGAGCCUCAUCCAAACUUACGACAGGCAGUAUGUGUAUGGCUGUUCGCACUUCUAAAACACAACGUUCAACGAGAAUGUAUUAAGGAAAGAUUGUCCAUGAUUCAUCAUGCAUUUAUAGAUUUUCUUUCAGAUGACAGUGAUAUUGUGCAAGAUAUUGCUUCGAAAGGCCUUAGUCUGGUGCAUAUUAACGGCAAACCAGAAGAACGUGAGGCUUUAGUGUCCACUAUAUUAGAUCAGUUUAUGCAAGGUCGCAGGACGGUACAGCAAGUUACCGCCGAUACCAAAUUGUUUGAAGAAGGUCAACUGGGAAAAAGUCCAUCAGGUGGCAAUCUGUCAACGUACCGAGAAAUCUGUUCUCUCGCGACGGAAUUGCAGAAACCCGAGCUCGUGUAUUAUUUCAUGCAUUUGGCAAAUCAUAAUGCGAUGUGGACAUCCAAGAAGGGGGCCGCGUUUGGUUUUGCGGCAAUCGCUAAUAUCGCGAGAGAUGAAUUGAAUAAAUAUCUGCCUAAUAUUAUACCACGAUUGUACAGAUAUCAAUUCGAUCCGACCCCGAAGAUCCAGCAGAGUAUGACCAGCAUCUGGCGAGCCGUCGUACCUUCCACGACGAAAGCUAUUGAACAAUAUCAUAAAGAAAUAUUGACUGAUGUAACUGAUAAUCUAACGAAUAACGAAUGGAGAGUACGUAUCAGUUGUUGUAAUGCUCUCGCAGAUCUUUUAAGGACAAACGUCCAAUUUGACUUCGCCGAAUGUGGCCCGGAACUCUGGAAGAAACUGUUUCGCGUAAUGGAUGAUAUUCACGAGGGCACGCGGUUAGCCGCGACGAACACCACCAAGAUACUUAGUAAGGUUUGCAUACGUCAUUGUGAUUCGUCGCACGGUAACGCAGGAAAAGAAGUCAUUCAAGCGAUAUUGCCUGUACUACUCGAGAUUGGAAUUACACAUGUCGUAGAUACAGUGAGAGCUAUAUCGUUGCUAACUGUGUCUCAACUUGUGUCCACGGCCGGUGUUUUACUGAAACCGUCACUCGUCAAUCUGAUACCGUCAUUAUUAGAAACGAUUGGUGAAUCAGAGAAUCCCAAGCUCUCGUACUUGAGCAAUGUGUGUGGCGCAACUACGGAAACUCAGGAAGCUAUCGAUAAUCUUAGAGCGAAUGUUGCCAAAGGCCACUACGCGUCGGAUACAAUAACGAAGUGCAUUCAAUACAUCGAUGCAGAUGUAUUAAAGAAUUUAAUGCCAAAAGUAAUAGAUUUAAUCAAGUUCAGCAUAGGAUUUGGAACGAAAAUUGCCUGUUCGCAUUUUGUCAUUCUUCUCAGUACACAUCUGAAAACAGAGUUGCAGCCUUACAGUGCUAAGGUAUUAUCUGCCUUACUCAACGGUUUGUUGGAUCGUAAUACUGCCGUGAGAAAAAAUAAUGCGAUUAGCAUUGGGCAUAUAGUAGGCUCUGCUAAAGAUUCUAGUCUGGAUAAAUUAUUUAAUACCUUAAACACGUGGUAUCUGGAACGCGAAGAUGAUGCAAUAAGAUUAGCGAUCGGACAAACUUUGCAAUCCAUAAAUAAUUAUAAUCAGGAGAAAUUAAAGAAUUAUCAAAAAAUAGUCAUUCCUCUUGCUUUUUUCGCUAUGCACGCGGAGAAAAUACCAGGAAACGAAAGCACCGUGGAAUUAUGGACUGAUUUCUGGAACGAAAUAACGCCUGGGACUGAAGCAGGAAUCUUACAAAACCUGCGACCAAUAACCGAUAUUUUACAUACGGCUUUGGAGUCGGCAUCAUGGACUACGAAAGUGCAAGCGGCAAAUGCGGUUCAUACUAUUGCUUUAAAGUCAGGUCACAACAUCGAUGCGGAAGCCAGAAAUACUUUAUUAAAGAUACUAACCGAUGGUUUGCGUGGUAGAACGUGGAACGGAAAGGAACGUCUAUUGAAUGCUCUCGCUAUGUUAGCAUGUAAUAGCAAAGAAGCCUUAAAUGCAGACCCGGCGUUGUUAGAUACCGUUGUGGUAACACUACAUAGGGAAAGUAAAAAGGAAAACGUAGAGUAUCGUCGACAUGCGUUACAAGCGUUUGCUAUGGUCUUGCAUGAACUUGAUAUUGAUAGGUUUACCGAAAUAUAUGAAAUUGUACAGGAAAUACUGAUUAAGGUAUCUGAUAAAAAUAACGAUGACGAGGACACGGCGGAAGAAAAUAGGAAGAAGAAGGAAAAUAAUAUCAAGUUACAAGAAACAGUUUACGAGGUGCUUGGGAAAGCAUGGCCUUCCACCAAAGAGACUCAAGAUAAAUAUUGCAUAGAAUUUGUGACUCACUGUCAGAAGGUACUGCCAAAUAGUACAAGGUCUGUCCAGGUCGCUAUCUUGACAGCGUUAAAUCUCUUUGUGGAUAGACUUGUCUUAUUAAAGAUAAGCAAAGCGGAAAUGCCAUUAAAAGAUAAAAAAUUAUUAGAUCAAAUAGGCGAUAGUCUCAAUAAAAUAUUAUCAUAUUGUAUAAAUAUUUCGAAGUUCACCAAAAUUAGAAAAGAAGCGUUAAACAUGGUUCUUUCCUUAGCAAGAAAAAUGCGCGAAACGAACAAUGACGAACAGCUUGAGAAAAUAACGCGCCUUUUGAAAGAACUCUUGCCUGAUUUAGCAAAAGAUAAUCAACCAGAAAUACGGACCAGAGUAAUCGAUAUCAAAGAAAUGCUUAAAAUUUAACUAGCACGUACAUGCAUUAAAUGUGCAUAUGGUAUCGGGCACUCUAAUCGAAUUCAUCUUUCUUACACGUCAAAAUAUGUUUCAUACAGUCGUUGAUGUUGGCAAUCUCAGAACGAUAACAAAAGAUUGAUAGCUAUGGUUGCGUGUUUAUUUAAUAUGUUAAAUGUAGAUGUGCCUAAUAUAGUAUUAUACUCCUUAAUAAAAUGUAAUUUAAAACAA